CAACCUGGGAGCAGGGCAGGGGAGGGCACCGCUAGUGCUGCCUUUUUGGAGAGAUCCACGGGGGGAAAGCAGCGCGUUCGGAAGGAGGGCUGCCCACUUGCAACCGACGAUGCAGCAUCUUCUCCUCUUCCUCGUCUACAUGGACCCCCUGAGCCUGCUGGUCUGCGCAGGGAGGACCAGGAACAACAGGACGUUGGCAUCUCCCCGGCGCCAAGGGCCCAACACUGCCAGGGCGGCACAAGUCAACACCACCGUGGUGGUGCCCGUCCUGCAGAUCAACAGGAUGAAGCCGCUUGUCCUGCAGCACUCCGAGAAAUGCCGGGGUCACUACGACGUGGCUGGGCAGUGGGACCCCGACUUCGAAUGCAACAGGACUUCCUACAAUUACUGUUGUGGCACUUGCUACAUGCGCUACUGCUGCCAGGACAAGAACUACCGCCUGGAGCAGAACGGUUGCAAAAACUACGUGACGCCCAAAGUGGAAAUCCAAGUCACCACCGACCCGGAUCUGGGCGAGCUGGAGAACGUGUACGACCCCAGCAAAGACAAGACCAACAGUACUGUCUACAUCACCUGCGGGGUGAUCGCCUUUGUGAUUAUAGCGGGGGUUUUUGGUAAAGUUGCCUACGACAAAGCCACUCGCCCUCCUCGUGAAAUGAACGUGUCCAGGGCCUUGGCAGACAUUUUACGAAACCAGGGACCGAUUCCAGUACCGCACUAUGAGAGAGAGAAUAUGACUGCAAUAGAUGGAUCGCCCAAGGAUAAUUCACCUGUUAGAACCUCGAAAAACCAUUUCACACCAGUGCGAACAUCCAAAGGCAAUCACGGGCUACAUGGAAAAGAUUCAAGCACCAGUCAUGGCUAUCGUAGUGGAGGACCAGACUUGCAUAACUUCAUCUCUUCAGGAUUUGUGACACUGGGACGAGGACAUCUCAAGGGUGAUCAUCAACAUGAUUAUAAUCACUUGGGACUGAUCAGUCCAACUCAAACUCCCACAAAUGAAAAACCUCGGAUGAACAGUAUUCUCACUUCUGCAACUGAGCCGUAUGAUCUGUCUUUCUCAAGAUCCUACCAGAGUCUGUCGCAGCUCCCACCAUCUUAUGAAUCUGCAGUCAAAUCUGACUUAAGCAAGUAUUCUUCACUAAAACGAUUAAGUGAAAAGGAGAUUGAUGAAUAUUAUAUGAAAAGAAGACACCUUCCAGACUUGGCAGCGAGAGGAACCCUGCCUCUCCACAUUAUGAAAGUGAAUCAGGAACACAGUAACACCAGGGAGAGGCCUAGACGACCAUUGCGGGCAAUGUCACAGGACAGAGUCCUGUCUCCAGAGAGAGACGCACCUCAAGAAUGUGUCAUUUCCUACGAGCGCAUCCUGUCUGAUGAGCAACUGUUGUCAGCUGAACGCCUUCAAUCCCAGGACCCUCUGCUCUCUCCUGAUAAAGUUCUGUCCCUCAAACGCUCUGGGUUCCGUGAAAAGGCCAUGUCCAGGGCCUUGUCCCAGUCCCACACAGAUGUCUUUGUAUCCACGCCCGUCUUAGAUCGUUAUAAGAUGACAAAAAUGCACUCGCAUCCCAGUGCCUCAAACUCUUCGUACAAUACCUUAAGUACAAAUCAAACAAACCACACUGCUGCUAAGCGACAUGCCUUUGCUUCACGUCGGCACAACACAGUGGAACAGCUCCACUAUAUCCCAGGACACCACCGUAAUUACCAUACAGCCAGCAAAACAGAAGUAACUGUUUGA